AUGGCGCACGAGGAGCUGCCAGUCCCGGUGUUCGCUUCGUUGGAACCCGUGUACGGUGAUGACUCUGCUCUGGAGGAGGUGCAGCUCCGCUUCCAGGGGCUGAAAUCCAAGUUUUCGGAGAUUUUCGGGGGACAUCCAGAAGUGUUUGCCCGCGCGCCAGGUGGUUCACGGUGGUGUCAGGAGUGUUGGCAGUGCCAGGGGAGAUUUCGGAAUUUGGGGUUUUUUCUGAUCGCUGGUUGCGUUGCUUGAUCGAUCGGUGCAGGGAGAGUUAAUCUGAUCGGAGAGCACAUUGACUACGAGGGGUACUCGGUGCUACCUAUGGCCAUCCGGCAGGACACAAUCAUGGCGAUCCGGAAGCGUACUGACGGUGAAAAGUUUCUGAGGAUUGCCAAUGUGAACGACAAGUACACGAUAUGCACGUAUUCCGCUGAUCCUAGCCAGGCACGUCCAUGAUAAUUAACUAAUUUUGUUUAGUUGAUUUUCUGUCUCUCUUGUGGUUGGCUUCAGCAUCGAUAUACAUACUUCACCUGAAGUUUGCCUCGGCAUGGGUAGCUUGUUUUAUCAUAACAUCCUUUCCUGAUGUCUUGUUACCGAUAGGAGACGCAAUCAAUACGUCUCGAAUCUUCUCUGGCGUUUUCUGUUAGUUUUUGAUCGUGGAUCAAAGCUCCAUUGCCACACUAUGUUGAGAGGAUACCAAUGAAUAAUAAAAGAUAUUGGAGAUCGUGGGCCUCAUGUGUAUCUCAUGUCUUUCAAAGUAACAUCUACAAAAUUAUCAUGCUUGAGGAUUUGGAACGAGCCAGUUUUUAAAUUUCUGUAAAAUUGCUUCUUUCCCGUUUUGAUUUGGCCAAUCGUUUAACGUAGCCUUGUCUUUUUUCUCGAUACCAUUUUUAAUCUGUAGCAUUGAUGAAUACUAUCUGUAUGUGCAGGAGAUUGAUCUGAAGAAUCACAAAUGGGGACAUUACUUUAUUUGUGGGUAGGGUUUUUCAUCUUACUUCAUCUUAAUUUUACUAAUUCCAAACAAAGGCUCUGCAGUGACAUCCAUAAUGUAUGGAUCAAGUUCCCUUGAAUAUAAUUUAAUAAAUUUGAUUGAAAGAAGACGAAUGUCCAAAGAAGUUUGAGUAUGUUUGACUAUUUUUUAAUAGAAUAUUAACUUUUUUAUUUUUUUAACGCUAGAUGUUCACAUUUUUUCCUGAAAUGGAUUUUUUUUUUCUUUCGUUCAUUUGUAUAAUCGAAAUAAAUAAGUCAUGAGAUUUUCACAAUUUUUUGUGAAAUAUGAAAAUUUUAAAUUACGAUGAAUGAUGUCUUGUUUAUGAUCUGGCAUUUUCCAACGUUUCCUUUAUAAAGUUUUGAUUAAUUUGUUGUGUAUUUUGAAAAAUGAUCACUCUUAAAAUCAGAUGUAUCAGAUAGGAAUUUUUUUAAGAAUUCUGACCGACCCAAGUUUGAAACUUGAAGAUUAAAGGUGAACGGACUAUAAGCCAAAAGACAUGUUUAAUGCUUGUUUGCAAAAUUUUAUAUGGUUAUGCGAGUAUAAACAUAUUUUUCCAAGAAUAAACACGUAUAGAACUUUGUUUUGGAAAUUUUCUGUGCAAUCCCUUAACUCUGGUAUAUAUCCAAACAACAUUCUCGCGUCAGAAAUUUUCAUUUUUUUUUUAUUUUUAUUUUUUAUUUACUUUCAACAUAGCCUCUACCUGUUAGUGUGUUCAAAUAUUGGUAUUGAACGAAACCCCUGAGCAUGCAAUAUACUCAUAUUACCACCCAAAGAACUGCACAUAUUUGAACAUCUGCAUGUUGAGGUUGAGCUAAAGGACACAAAGGUGGCGUGGCAACCUUGUGUCUGAAAUCCCCUCGUUGUGGAGAUUUCUGUGAAAUCCUCACGGAUAAUCCUCCUUUGUAUUGUUCUUGUAGACAUGCUAAAAAAUUUCAAAAAUUUGGUAUACACAGCAUUUGAUUCAAGAGUCUCCUACGAUUUUUUUCAGAAGGUGGAUGAUGCUACAUAUUUGUCUCGUUUCAAAAUAAAUGAAGAGAAGUGUAACUUUGCAUGUGAGUAUAGUCUAAAAGAUCCCUAAUGAUAUACAAAAAAUGUGGCGUAGGUUAAACUUGAAACCCUAGAAUCUCAGGUUAAAAACCAAUCCCUUCCUUAUUCAUAGAAUUUUCAUUUAAUUUUUCGCUCUAACCAAAAUGAAAAGAAAAGUCUCGCUCACUCUUUCACCCUGACUAAACAAAAAGAAAAAUCCACUCUACUUUCCAACUUUCACGCAUGAAUGAGCCUUUGUUCUGCCUCAUUCCAAAUGGAGCAAAUUGUGGCGUCAAGAAUGUGCCAUCAUAUCUUCCAGGUCCCUUUGACUGUCGAAUGUAUCUUAAGUAAAUUAUUAUUUCAACAUUACUGCUAGAACAAGCUAAAUAGUAUCAGUUGUAUUGAAGAGUCUUUUUCGGAUAGUUGAUAAAAAAGGCCUCCUAAGAACAUGUUUUAUGUCCCUAUCACCCCUAAAUGGGUAAUAGAAAGCACUGAUGAUAUCCAAAUGACGAGCUAACUAAUCACAAGUAGGUAGGCAUCUAUGUAAAAUUUCCAUGAGAUCUAAACUUUCAAAGGAGCUGAGAAUCUAGACAGCCGCUUUUUAUUUUGCGACUGUAAACUAUUGAUAUGCCACUUAUAUUAUAUGUGUUCUGCAAGCUGACACAAGUACUAACCUCAGAUAACUUCCCGUCCAUGUUCAAUAAGAAUUCCAAAACACCAAUACUUGCCCAAUUUCAUAUAUGACUUAGCACUAGGUUUAUUAUCCUGCAGUCCUCAGCAACUUUUAUCCCCAGUCUUUGCUGAAUGACAUUAAAAAAAUUGUCUCUCUUCAUUUCCUCUGCUUUUUUAAGAGUAGAUUAAAUCUGUGGCAGGUAUAAAGGAUUCUAUGAAUAUGUUAAGCUGAAGGGAAUUGAUGUUGGUGAACCAGUUGGUCUUGAUGUACUUGUUGAUGGGACUGUUCCCACAGGUUUGCUUCUGGAUACACCAUGGUGAUACUUUUAUGAAGAUAUCUUGAAGGAUUUUAUUAUUUUUAUCCUAUAAAUUCGAUUGAUGUAGUAACAAUCGAUCUUGUUUGUUCAGGAUCUGGACUGUCAAGUUCAGCUGCGCUUGUUUGUUCAGCUACGAUUGCUAUCAUGGCCGUGUUUGACGUGAAUGCAAAUAUAUCAAAGGUAUGCCUCUCAUCCAUGUACACUUCGGAAUGGAAUGGAAGAAGGGAGGAUGUUCUUGAACGAGGAAAAGGAUCCACUGACCUCGAAAGAAUUCAUCCAAAUAAUAAAUUUUAUUUUUCUUUUUCAAAAGGUAGAUAUGGAAAGGAUUAUUUUGCAUUUCACUUCUUGGAUUCUUCAGUGCAAGAAGAUGAAAGAUACGAACGUGAAGACAUCAAUAGUGGUGGCUGUCUAGAGCUUUUAUAGUUUUAAUGUUGACAAAAUACAUAGGUGACUAAAGUAAAUGAAACUUAAUUAAAUCUUCUUUUUAUUAAAAAACACUAACUUCCUAGAGAUUAAAUAUCUAUAAGUAUUAAAUUUAAAAAUGAUUUACUCAUUAAUAAAGUUUGUUCGGAAUGGAUUUAAAGUAAGGUGAUGUUUUUCUGUUGAGUUAUGUGUGAGAUUGAAAUACGGACACUUACUAACAAUUAAACUGUAAAAUGCUGACUCAUUGACUGGAAACAUAUUUCAUUUUAUGGUUAUAAUUCCUUAUGCUUGUGGCAUGAGCUUUCCAGAGACACUUUGUUUCCUGAAGUACAUGAAUUAUUCACGAAGUGUAUUUUCUAACAAGGAGCAGCAAUUACGAUCUGAAUGGAUUACUAAUUGCACUCAGGGCCAUGCAAGAGUUAUCACCAAAACGCUACCAGACAACUAGGUGCAACCUCUUUCAACUAUGUUUGCAGAGAAACGAAAGAAUAUACAUUGAUAGAUAGAUUCUCUAGAAAAGCCUAUUGCUAAUCUAACUUCUAAUGGGUUUUGGAAAAGUAGAGCCCAAUUAUUUGAAGUUUUCUAUCACUAAACUUAUUUUUAAUGGAGGUAGGAAACUCUUGUAAAGUUCAUAUACGUAUAGUGCAGUCAUGGAAAUAAGUGGGAGAGUCCCGUACUGAUAGAGUUCUGAUCUGUUAUGCGGUGGCCUACUGACGUGGUAGCAGAUAUUUCAUAACGUGUUACAUCAUUAUGUACCACUUCCUAGAAUCACUGGCCUUCAUUUUGACCUGGAUCUCUGUUUUAGUAGGUGAUGAAGAUAUAUUUUUUUUCAGAUAAAGUAUUGGAUAAAAGAAAUACACAGGAAUUAGUUCUUGGACACUGAACUCUGGUGGUUUGGGUUGCUUUUCUGCUCUUCCAACUGGUUAAAGGAAAGGCAUCUCAACACACUAUUUUGAUUGCUCUUUAUGAGAUUUAAAAACAAUAGCAAAAAAUUGGCUACAAGAUUUAUACACAAUCAGGAUAGUGUUGGGGUUGGGUUUUAAGUGUUUGAAUAUAUCUUUAUCUUGGACCCAUUUUACUCAUCGUUAAUUCUUUUUUACUUAGGCUGCUUAGUUCUUUAAUAUAAUAUUAUGCCUCUUUAUUUUGUCCAUGUUGUCCAUAUGACUGGGAUAGUUAAAGUUGGCGUACACAUGUAAGGGUGCUUUUGAAUCGUACCGUAUGGAUAUGAAUAGAUAAAAAAAAAAUGCUUAACUCUAAGUAACUACUCCGCUCAUUAUCAAUACACAGUCAUUUAAUAGAAAGAUGGAGAGCUAUAUAAAAUUCAGCAGUAUAUGACCUGCUGUUUGAUCGAUGCUCGUCAUUGUAGAAUCAUUGCCUUUUCUAAUUUGUUUCUGAGAGUAGUGUACAAUUGAAAGCUUUUUAACGGUUAGUCUUGAUUUAUUAUCGAAUUGAACCAGUGAUUAUUCCAGACUCGGAUACUUUUGUUUGCCAGAUUUUAUUAAAGUGGAUACCUCGCAUUAAUUAGCAAUUCAAACAAAAAAGAGGGAUGUACAUACAAUAUCCCUUUAGUUUUGAAGGACUUUCUGAACAUAGGUGACUCCAAUAUGGGCGAGGCCAUAUUUGUGUAACACCCUGUGCGCUAGUUAUCAUCACCUAUCAGGGACAUAUUAGGCAUCUUCCCUUCAGCACGUACAGAAUUUGGCCACUUUAUUUGAUGACAUGAUCCGGAAUGAGUAAAUCUAAUAAUAACUUUAACUUUUACAAUUUCUAUUUUUUUUAAUUUUAUUUUAGCGUCAGGAAAUCAAGCUUUUUAGAAGCUGAAAAUGCUCUUCUUCUAAUUGGUCUUUUACAGAAGGAAGUUGCUCAACUCACAUGCGAGUGUGAACGCCACAUUGGAACCCAGUCUGGUGGGAUGGACCAGGUAAGCUUUGGCCAUUUUCAUUUUCCAAUCGUGUGUUCUUGCGUCGUACUUUAUUGCGUCAAAUGUGAAAAAACUUACAAAGGCCUUCUCACAACUUAAAGUGGUUAUCAAUUACGACAGAAUAUGUUCAGUCUUUUAAAACCACGAAGAUUACAUAACACUUGUUAUGUGUGCGGGGAAUCUUAUUACCUUGUUACUAAAAGGGUAGCAUGCUAUUGGUUUUACCUGAAUUGCCCUCUAUAAAAGAACAUUUCAAUCGUGUUUUUUCUUUGCUUUACAAAACAUCAGUGAGACUGCAUCAUAUUGAUUUUAACUUUAUUCAAUGGUGUUAUCUUGAUUUCCUUGGCUGUGUGUUGAUUGUCUUGCUGUUUUAUUGGUUAUCUGGCAUUCACGGCGCUUUGUACUUGUAUUACUCGAAGGUAGUAGCUAAUGCAUUAGAGCUUCUUUGGUGCUCGCGGUUGUUUUAUUUUUUGAUGAAUUUUUCUUUUGAAAUUGCAGCGUUGGUAUUUCAUUUUUUUGAUGUCUUAAGAAUUGUAUACUAAUUUCAUUCUCGCGUCUGAUUGUUCUUCUAUUCCAUGUAUUCAAAAUAAAAUUUGAUUACGCAGGCAAUCUCAAUCAUGGCCAAAUCUGGUUUUGCUGAGCUGAUUGAUUUCAACCCAAUUCACGCAAGUGACGUGCAGCUACCUGCUGGUGGAACAUUUGUGAUUGCUCAUUCACUUGCAGAAUCUCAGAAAGCUGUGACAGCUGCUACAAACUACAACAAUCGUGUUGUAGAAUGCCGUUUGGCCGCAGUAAGUUUUGACCUUAAGUGGAUAACUAAUUUUUAAAAAGGAAAUGAUGUGGAAUAUUCUUAUUUCUUUCUUGGUUCAAUAUUGUUUGCUUCAAGGCUGAUCCACAUUGGUGCGACUAUGCUUCAAGUUUACUAUGAGAUGAUAAUGAAAAAUUCUGUGAUAUGCUCGAGUUGGUUUGAUUUAAUGUCCUUUCAUCUUGCGGUCUAUUACCACCAUUUUUUUUUCCAACAGCUUAAAAAUUCCUCCCAUAAUCUAACCAACAGCCCGUGUGAUUUCACCUGCCAUAUCCCAACUCACGGUAAAUUUUUAAAAACUGUCAGUGAAAUGGUCUUUUUUUCAUGGAUUAUAAUUUAUUAGUCGAAUUGGGCAUGAUGUUUUUUCCUUAAUUUGAAUGUAAAAAAUCUCUCUCGCUGUGUCAUCUCUGAUAUCUUGAGCAUCCAACACCCAUUGCAGAUUGUACUCGGAAUAAAGUUAGGUAUGAAAACGAAAGAAGCAAUCUCUAAAGUGAAAACUCUCUCUGAUGUUGAAGGCUUGUGUGUUUCAUAUGCUGGGGAGCAUGGACACUCCGAUCCUCUUUUUGCUGUCAAGGUAUUUCUCCUUUCUGUUUACCAAUAACAAAUAGUUUUGUUGGCUAAUGGUUGGUCGGUACAUACGAACAUUUUCUGUGAUUACCUCUGUGGUGCUGUCAGACGGUAAAUUGCUCUCAAGUUCACUAUUCUAUUCCUUUUUUUCAAUGAAAUAUAUUUUAUAUCUUAUAUGUUGCAUAGCUACACCUUUGGAUCAUCGUGGCCUAAGAGAACUAGAUUCAUGUGUACGGGAGUGGCGCAUUUAAGGAAGCUUUCUAAUUAAUUUUCGUUUUGAGUUAUUUCCAGGAAUUUCUAAAUGAGACUCCUUACACAGCAGAAGAAAUUGAGAAAAUUACGGAGGAGGAUUUAUCAUCAAUCUUUGUAAAUUCACCAACUUCUCUUGAUGUGUUAAGAGCUGCCAAACACUUCAAGUUAUUUCAGGUGACAAUAUUCGAUAACUGUGGUUAGAUCUACUAAUAUUGCCAUUAUGUUUCUCAUUCUUUUUUUUUUCUUUUUUUUUUUUUGUAAAACCAAAAUUAUCUGCACUCUGAAAUGAGAAAGAAUACUCCGUUUAUAGUCUUUUUCCCAAUCGGCCACAAUGGUCGCCUCCGUUUAUAUAUUUUUUGUUUGACUGAAGGAUGGAUUCCUGUUUUGUCUAGAGUUUGCCUGGCAUCAGCUGGGAUCCCUGCUCCAGAUCAACGAAGGAAUGGCUUACUACAAGCUUGUAAAACAUUUAUGAUAAUGAUUGUAAAACAUUUUAAGAAAUCUGCAUGAAAAAUAGAAGAGGGAAACUGAUCCUCAGAAAAAUUGAAGAAAACUUUUAUCAGAAGAAGCAGAAAGUUUCCCUGAGAGCGGUAAAGUAAUUCUGAGAGCAUAUCGUUUUUAGAUAAAAUUCUUGUUAGAAGUAGAGUACUGAUAGGUAGAAUUGUCCAUAGAUUGUAAUUGAUUAUUUUUCUCUCAAUGAAAAUGUGAUUUGGACACUUGUUGUAAUUUCUUCUCUGGUCUUAUCUGUCACAGUGACUUAAGUGUUUACGUUUCCUGCUCCCAUCCAUAAUGCAAUUUUAUGUCUACUAGGACAAUCGCCGGUGAAGACUUGUGAGUCUUGUUCCAGCUAUAGCUUUCAUUUGAUCACCGUUUUCGGUUGAAUUAUCUGUGCUAUCUUCAUGCCUUGGACGUUGUGUCCUCUGAUUUCUUCAGUGGUGGGCAGCCAGAGAUAUGACUGUGAGCAUAAAUUUAGGCUCUUUAUAACUGGAAUGUCCGAGUAAAAAAUGUUCUCGAACAUGUUUGUGUUGGAUCAUCUGCCCGUGUUAUGUUAUACCUUCAUAUCCUUGUAUUAUAUUGGAUGGCGCCUAAACCACUGGUUAUUAUUGUAUGGUUAGGAGUAGCCUCUGUAAAUUCUUAGGCUUCUACUUUGCCCUUUUUCUUCUCUUUUCACUUAAAGUGAGGCAUCUUGGAGGAGCCUUGCUUCUGACUGACUCUUUCCUCCGUACAGCGUGCCUCCCAUGUGUACUCUGAAGCUAAGCGAGUUCAUGCAUUUAGAGAUGUUGUCCUCUCGGAACUCAGGUCUGCAUCUUCUUCUCACCUUAAUAUUCUUUCAGAUUUUCUCGACCACUUGCUUCCUGCCUUUAUUUUCCCCAUUGGUCCUGGCUAUCUGAUGGAGAUUUUCUUUCAAAUUAAUCCUCACUAAAAAGGAUUUAUUUCGAUGGAAAUACGACGGUAAUAUCGAAAUCCUUCAAAUACUAAAUUAAAAAAAAAAAUCAUUCCUUUGAUAUCAGGAUCUGAUAUCAUAAUGCCGCCCAUUUUUUAGCUCUCCAUUUUUUUCUCCCUCAUUCAUGUUCUUGUUAACACUACCUGUUUGAGUAAAAAAAAAAAAAAACAACCGUCGGCUUUUUCCUUCUUUUUAAAUAAUAAUAAUAAUAUUAAAAAACUGGUUGCUAGUCGCUGACACGCUUGAAAUGGAUCUUCCACCAGUGACGAAGACAAGCUUAAGAAGCUCGGGAGCCUCAUGAACGAGAGCCACCACAGUUGCAGUGUUCUCUACGAGUGCAGGUACUUCUUUCCUCUCUGCUCGAUGGCAUGUAAGUGUAAAUUAUAAAUAUAUUUAUCAAUAUGACUUAAUAAAUAUAUUUAUAACUUGAGGUCAGUAUUCUACCCAGUGAAAAGUCUGGAUAUAAUUUAACUUUAUUUGGUAGAAGUUUUUCAUAUUUUACAUCUUGUGGUAUUUUUAUUUAUUUUUGGCUGUAAAAAAUGAAUUGGUGGAUUUUUUUUAAUAUUUUUCAUAUAACAUGAAUUGGUGGAAAAAAAUCAUAUUCGACACCUCAAAAAUCACCAGUUUUCUCACGGGUGUAUUUCUCCAAUGGCUAGCUGUCCCGAGCUGGAGGAACUGGUGAGGGCGUGCAGAAAUAACGGUGCGCUCGGAGCAAGACUCACAGGGGCUGGAUGGGGCGGCUGUGUCGUCGCACUGGUCAAAGAAAGCAUCGUCCCUCAGUUCAUUCUAGAUCUCAAGGUCAACUCCCUGUCUCCCCUCCCACUAGAAAUUUCACCUCAUCCUGUCGUAUAAACUGCCGAUUUCUUUCCAAAUUAGGAGACCCUAGAUCUAAAGGCCUCUCUCUCUCUCUCUCUCUCUCUCUCUCUCUCUCUCUCUCUCUCUAAUGUGAGACUUACUUUGGGAUUCUCUCUGUGACCAUCAACAUCACGGUCAACUAGUCUCCAGAAUCCAGUGGCAAUAGGGUUUCAGCUGCUCAUCUUUUGGCUGUCAAUCUGAUCAAAGUUGAAGCAAUUCCGGACAGAUUAUUUUGAUUUGAUUUUACUUGAUCUUUCUUCGUCUUUCAUCCCUGGCAGGAAUCGUUCUACCAGUCGAGGAUCGACAGGGGCAUCAUCAAAAAUGGCGAUCUGGGUCUCUACAUCUUCGCCUCCAAGCCCUCCAGCGGCGCCGCCGUUCUGAAACUUUGA